UGUAUAUAUUAAAUAGUCGAAUCAUUCUCAACAAUGUCUUCGGAGCACGAAGAAAUUUUGAAGGAUGUCACCAUUGUGGUGCGCUCAUUGAUAACUUCUAUCAAGCCGCCGGUCAGCUUGCAAUGCAUAGAGCGCGACUAUAUGAAAGUGGAAUAUGCGCCAAUACCUUAUCGCAGCCUUGGCUAUCGUAAUACCCUCGAAUUAUUGGAGAAGACAAAUGCAUUCAAUUUUCAAAAAGUCGGAACACAAAUCUUUGUCACCGCCAAGCCCAACCCCAAAUCGGCGCACAUUGCUUCUAUGGUACGUUUUCAAAAGCCGCCCAAGAAUAAGCCCAAUUUACGAACAUCGCCCGCCCCGUUGCCUGCCCGCCCAAACAUACGCGUAACUGUCUCUGGCAAUAACAAUGUGCGAUCAGCUGUGAACAGCAACUACCACCAAAGUAGUCAACAGGGGCAACGCGCUGCCUCACAACAGUAUCACCAACAGCAACAAUAUCACCAGCAGCAUCAGCAACAGUUGGCGCAGCAAAAGGCCCAACAAUACUCGCCGCGAAAGGAUCUGCUAGGCUUGCGUGCGGAACUGGUGCAGAAGCUCGAACAAUUGCGUCUGCAACAGGAGCAGCAGCAGCAGCAGGAACGUGACAUCCAGCGUCGUCAGGCAGAGUUGCGCGAGGAGCAGAAACAGCAAAAGUUGUUGUUGCAGCAGCAGCAGGCUAAGAUCGAUAUACAGAUUCUGCAGCUGCAGGAACGGCACGAGCGUGGACUAGAGGCACAGGCGCGCACCAUUGAACAGCUGCAGGCGGAUCGCCUGGCGUUGAAGCGUCACUUGGAAAUCCUAGAGCAGAAGCAUCGUGAAGAGAAGGUAGCUGUGGCAAUAGCAACAGCUCAAUAUCAGAUCGCAGUCAACGCUCGGCCCAAAGUGGCAGAGCAAGCAAAGAGUUCGCUUCAGCCCACGCCUCCAGCUUCACCUGUCACAGCUGAGAUGAACGGCAACGCAACGACGGCGGCUGCCGCCAGUGCCCGCAAGCCCCAUCUGCGUCCCAUAUUGGGCAAUAGCGCGCCAUCGCAGCGUCCGGCUCCAAUGAGACAGCCAGCGGCAGAGUCUAAUCCAGGCCCCGCAGCCGUCGCCGCUCCCAAUAAAAGGCCAAUGCAUCCGCGUGCUCAGUAUCCAAAUUCGCGUCCCACUGGCGGCCUCUCUGUCAACUAUAGAUUGAAGCAACAGCAAACGGCAGUUGUUCCACCACGAGCAACAGCAGCAGCAGCAGCAACUUCGCCAACAAAUGCUUCGCCAGUUGAGCUGAUAACUCCACCAGCUUCGCCAGAGAAUGCAGCUGGCAACAAUGCUUCGACGCCAGCUGCAGCUGCGCAGCAGCCGCUGUUGCAGCUUCAACCAAUACGUGCCGAUAUCCACUUCAAGUUCGAUCCAGCAUACGAUGCAAUCUCCUCGCUGAAGCAAUAUUGCGUCGUGUUGGGCUAUCCGCCGCCAGCGUACGAGUUUUACAGUGCGAAUAAAACCAAAAUGCUGCACUGCAAGGUGCGCAUCGGCGAGACCAUCUACACCAGCUAUCCGGAGGCGCACUUCGAUGAGCCAACAGCAAUGCAGCGCACCGCUGAGGUGGCCGUUGAGCGACUGCAGGCGCUCGAGGCGCGCAAACAACUGUCGAUUCUCAGCGAUAAUGAAUUUCUCGAUGGCCUGUACCAGGAGCUGAUCAAGCAUCCGCAUGGCAUCGUCAGCCACAAGCUGCCCGAAUGGUACGAGGCGAAUGUGAGGCGCCAGGUGCCCAGCAAUUGGUGGUCCCUGAUCAAUUCGUCGCCCAAAAUGCGCAUCGAGAGCAGCGUCAACACGCACAUUGUAUUUGCCAAUACUGAAAGCACUUCGCCCGUCGCCUUGCAGCAGCCGAGCAAUGUUGGACCGUUGGCCAUGCCAGAGCUGCAGCUGCCGUGGGCGGAUGGCCAGCUGGAUUGGAGUAUGUACAUCACACACUGUGACAACACGACGCAUGUCUGGGCGCGCCUGAUCGAUCAGAGUGCACAGUUCGAGAAGUUGACCGAGCAGCUGAAUGCGCAUAUGUCACGCCUGCAGAAUCGUCAGCCGGUGCCACAACAGCCCGUGGAGCAGCAGAUCUAUGUGGUGGAGGUCAGCGAUAACUGGAAUCGUGUGCGUGUCAUAUCGUUGGAUGCGGAGCAGCGGCAGUGCAGCUGCCACUUUGUGGACUUUGGCGACGAGGUGAUCUUCAGCUAUGACAUGCUCUAUGUGUGUCCAUCGAAAUUCCUUUCGCUGCCCGCUCAAGCCGUGUGCCUCAGCAUGUAUGCCCUAGACAAGUUCGAGGAGCACCCUCAUGCACUGCCCGUGCUGGCCAAGGAGCUGGCCGGGCAUAGCGUUGUCACUCGCAUCAUUACCAGCGAGGCACAAUUCCUCAAGGCUGGUGGACUGGCUCAGGGUGUGCUGCUGCCCCAGCGGGAGACAUCCGCGACAGAAGAGAAUGGCAGUGGAGUAUCGCUGGUGAGGCGUGCGUGCAUUGUGGGCACCUUCUAUGAUACCUCCACAGCGGAGGAUAUUCAUCUGAAUGAUUUGGUGGCCAAUCAGAUUAUUCGCAAUACGCCCGCACCGAUGCUGAAGCUGGAACAGAAGCCGAAUCAUGUGCUCGUCUCGCACGUGAACGACGUGGGCGACCUGAUGGUGCAGCUGCCCAACGAAGAUCUCAAGUUUGUGCAGCGCAGCAUUGCCCGGAUCAUGAGCGACAGCAGCGAACAGCAUCGCGUGCGCUACUCCGAUCUGCUGCACGAUCAAUUGGUGUGCGUGUGCGACGAGGCUGGCGAUGGGCUGAAGCAGUGGUAUCGUGGAAUGCUCACCGCCAAACCGAAGAGUCCCGAGGAGGAGGUGUUCGAUGUGUAUUACGUGGACGAUGGACGAUUGCGCAAAACGCACAUCUCCAACAUUUAUCGCCUGGAAGCGAACAAUCUGGCCCUUGCCUCCUAUCCGGCUCAGGCCUUGCGCGUGCGUCUGCACGAUGUGCCGCCGAUAGAUAACCAAAUGGUGGUCCGACUACGUGGCCUGCUGUCGCCUCAGACGCCAGUGCUGCUCAAGGUCACGGAGGGCGCCAACGAUAAGCUGCCGAUGGUAACGAUUCAUGCUCGCGGUCAGGAUAGUCUCUAUCUUUGCCUGAACAGUGCAAUUCGUGUGGAGUACGAAGUGCAGAGCACGACUCGACUGGAGCCGUUCGAUGACUGCGGCCUGCACUUCAGUCCCAGCGGUCAGCUGAUUCGUCGCAGCAGCUUCAGCUCCACGGUGUCCAGCCAGAGCAGCUGCAGCGAUCAGCCGACAGUAGCAGCAGCAGCCGUUGGGCUUGCCUCGCCGCCCACCACGCCCAGCAAGGCGAAGAGCAGCCCCCUGCUUCCCGUACUAAAGGAGUACGAGGCCAUACCCGCUGUCGGUGCCUACUUCGAGGUGCGCGUAGCGCUCUCUGUGAAUCCAGGUCACUUUGCAGUGCAGCCAUACAAGUGGUAUAAUCAGCUGCAGCGCAUGAUGAAGGAUCUGCAGGCGCAUUGCAAGAGUCCAGCAGCGCAGACCGUGCUGCCGGCACAGCUAAGCAUUGGUCAGCCCUAUGCGGCGGCAGAUGCCGAUGGCGUCUAUCAUCGCGUAAAUAUACGAAAGAUUUACGAUGAAAUGAUACACGUGCGCUAUGUGGACGCAGGCGACGAUGGAGUCGUGCGCUGCAAUCAGCUGUUGCAGCUAACACCGGAGUUCAGGGAGCUGCCUAUGAUGGCGCUGCCGGCACAGCUUCAUGGCAUUCAACUGGCUGGCAUCGACUGGACGCAGGAGAAUUGUUUGCGGUUUCGUAAGCUGACGCUGGGCCAGAAAUUUAUUGGCAUUGUGAGACGCGUGGAUAAGCUGAAGGAUGAGCGGCGUGCGCUCAGCUUGGAGCUGAUUGAUACCUCAACGCCGCAGGACAUUAAAGUGCACGAAACACUGAUAAGCGAGAAACAUGCGCUGCCUGCACCAUGAUACCAUACUAUAACGAUCUUCCUCAAUUAACGACUCAUUUGUUUUGUUUAGGUUUAUUUGUUUAACUGAUGUGUGGCCCACAGAUGCAUAUAAACACAUACAUACAUAUAUAUAACUAUGAGAGCCAACAUUCCGAAAUUCUAUAGUACCUAAGCAUAUGUAUAUCUAUUAUUAUUAUUAUUAUUAUGUUACUGAGUUGUAUUCAAACGCAAAGCGCAACAAUAAAUUAUGAUAUUUUGCUACCGAGAGAAUGGA